AUGAUUCCAGUGAAUGGAGAGAGCGAGCGCCGGCCAGCUCACCCAGCCGCCCCGUGCGCCAGCCGCCGUCGCCGCCGCGCUCCAGAGCCCGGCCCCAAGCCGGACCGCCCCGGGCGCCGCGCCCCACUGCGCUCUCCCCAGGUUUCCGACCCGGCCCGCGCCCCGGGCCGCGGUCCGGUGGGGCCAGGGGGCGCUCAGCACCUGGGCACUCCGAGCGAUGCACAGCGGGGCAGCGCCGGCCCCGCCGAUGGAGCUGCUGCUGCUGCCGCCGCCACCGCCGCCGCCCGGCGCACCCCGCUCCGCCCGCGCCCCGUGCGCCUGAGCGCCGAGCUCGCUCCUCCUCCGCGCUAA